GGAUGAUCGUCAGCGGCAUCUCGCGCCUCUGCUCCUCGGCGCUGGAGCCCUUCGGGGAGCUGCGGCGGGAGGUGGAGAUCCACCGCACCUACGUGACCCAGUCUGUCCACCUCUUCAUCCUCUACUUCUUCAACGUGGCCGUCCUGGCCACCUACCUCCCGCAGGAGGUCCUCAAGCUCAUCCCCCUCCUCACGGGGCUCUUUGCCAUCUCCAGGUUGAUUUACUGGUUGGCCUAUGCCAUCGGGCGCUCCUUCCGGGUCUUUGGCUUCAGCAUGAGCUUCCUGCCCCUCCUGGCCAUGCUGCUCUGGAACCUCUACAGCAUGUUAAUCCUGGAGCCCGAGAACCUCCUGGCUGUGGCGGAGGCAAAGCCUGAGGAUCACUCCAAGAACAGUGGAGCCAAACUCCGGUAUUGGGGAUGA